GCGAGAUGUUAUCGCUGUCUAACAACGACUGUAAACAACAUGGCGGCUAUGGAUGAGGCAAAAGAAAAUGCAGAUUCGCUUUUACAAGAUAUUCAGAAAAAAAUAACAGAGGCAUUUGACAUAUUUGAUCAUGAAACCAAUAAAACUGUUGAUGUCAGGGAAGUAGGUACUAUUAUCCGAUCUUUGAACUGUUGUCCAAGUGAAGCCGAACUUCAUGACAUGUUAGCAGAGAUAGAAGAGGAGGAACCAACAGGCUAUAUCCGAUUUGAGAAGUUUUUACCGAUGAUGACAACAGUAUUAAUAGAAAGAAGGUAUAAGCCCUCUCCAGAAGAUAUCUUACUGAAGGCGUUCCAGGUUUUAGAUGCAGAAAAUAAAGGCUUCUUAACACAAGAGGAACUAAAAAAAUAUAUGACUGAAGAAGGUGAACCAUUUGCGCAAGAAGAACUCGAAGAGAUGAUGUCUGCAGCAGUUGACCCAGAAAAAAACUGUAUAAUGUACAAAGAUUUUGUAUCAGAAAUGGCAGUUGAUGAAACAUGAUACCAUCAUACAGAGAUAAUAAUGUUAAUAUAUUAUGUAUUGUUUCUUGUGACAGAACCUGUUCAAACAGAUUGAACAUUUUCACACACAGAUUAUGUGGCCAUGAAACAUAAAUUCAUGAAUGCAGGUUUUUUGUGUGCCUAAAGUCUUAUUUUGUUACAAGGAAAUACUGUUCUAAUGGUCAUACCACUGUGAUGGUGGUAAACAUUUUAAUAACACUCCUUUUGGUGUUACAUUAUGACCACUGAUUAUAAGUUAAUUGUAAACAAAAGUGUUUAUAUAUGAAAUGCUUUUAACAUGCAUUAUGUUUUUUCUGUAUAUUUGGCAAGUAGUUUGUAAAAUAAUAAAAUUAUUUUAAAAUUA